GAAUUUGCACCAAUUUUUGAGCUUUCUAUCCUGUGGGACACACACACACCACAAAAUUGUUUUACAUCUACCGAAUAUACAUAGAACCGAGCGGCCAAUGGGAUGUCCAUUCAACGGCAAUAUGAGUUUUUUUACCGUUUUUGGUUUUAUUUCAUUUCACCGAAAUUCGUGAUUUGUGCGCACAGGCAAAUGAUUUAUAGUCAACACCUUGCCUUACUUCGUUUGACGUUAUAGCAGACCAAAUAUGAUAAUAAGUCUGCAUCUGAUGGUCAGUGCGUCAUUAGCUGAAAUUCUUUCACCAAAUGCCGUCGACGAAAAACACUCUCAUCAAACAUCAUAAUACGAAUAUAAUAAUUUUGCCGACAGGCAGUGUCAGAAAGGUUCUGUCUCAGAACGAUCAUGCGGGUAAAAAAAUCGGUAGAUACAAUUACGGUUGUUGAAAUGUUUCACAAUGACGGCGACAACGACGACAACGAUCACGACGACGGCGGCGACAAUGAGCUUUAAAAAAAGUAACAAAUGCUGCCUAACACAUGACAAAUGAGCACUUGUUCUCAGUCAUGGGCUUGAAAGCCGCCGCGAGUGCAAAUGGUCAACCAAACACGAAUCAGGGUUAUCAACAGCCAUCAUUCAGCUGAAUUAAGUGAAAUUAUUUUGUAAUUUAUGCCUAUGUCGUAAUCGCGAGACGCAGUAACGCACAGAACCACACAUCGCACGUUCACACCACAACACCAGCAUUAUUUCGUUUUUUUGCCGUGCAUUUUAUUUGUCCAUUAAUUCAAUUCAUUCAUUCGCUAAUGACGUUCCAACGGAUCAUAUAACUGUUGAGCCUGUAAAUUAGCGGGUUUGCAGGACGAAAAUCCGGCAUGACAUGUACUUCGGAUUACUUAAAUCCAAUUGUGUUUAAAAUUCACAGUUCAAAUCUCAGGACCGGUCUAAAUGGCAAUAAAGAAACGCUUGCAAAACCCAAUGAAAAACACAUAAUUACCGAAUCGUUUGCAAAUGAGAAUCUUGAGUUCAGAUAGUUUCGGCGAUAAAUUCUUUUUUUUUUUGAAUAAGUGCUAAUUUCCAGAAAAUUAAACUCUGCUGCAAUUCUUUUAACUGCGCAGUGCGCACGAUACAGCCGCCGGCUGAUUUAGAGCGGCAGAAAGUGAAUUGAUGAUGCUUGUCAAGAGAUAGUGCGAUGACAAUUAAAAUGAAACAGCAAAAAAAAUAAGAAAUAAAAAGUCGUUUUCUGUUUUUCGAACAAGAGCACUUUUCUCUCUUUGAUGUGAAAAACCAUCGCUCGCUGUUCACUGUUCGACACGUCAUUUCAUUUACCAAGAUGUGAAAUGUGCGCGCUCCAACGAAAAUAAUUCGUGUCUCUGAUCACACGGUGAUCGCUGCACGAAAUCAUCAUUUAAAUUCAUCCAUUUCGCUUUUGUUGACUCUGGAUGUUUUUUUUUCACUCUUUCGUUGCUUUCUGAUAGAUGAUAUUAAUUUAUGGUUACUUCCUGAUCGCGGAGUGCAACACAGAGAGAAAGUCAAAUGGCAUAGAAAAUUGCGAUGCGCAUUUAAGUAUACAGUAGCAAAAUGAAAUGAAAUGAAUGAAGAAAUAUACACACACACACAUGUGAUCGAGUGAGAUUCUGCAAUCGGAUCAAAGUGAAAGAAAACGAAAGACGUGAUUAUGCAAAGAAAAGUCUUAUAUAUUAAGCGACGAACACAUGACGAUGAAGGAGAGAAUAGAAAAAAAGCAGAUCAUGUUUUGAGCGGUGUGGUUGGGGCCUAAAUCUAAGUAAAAGGUGCAACUAGUUGAUGCUGCUGCUGCUGCUGCUGCUGCUACUGCUGCUGUUGAGCCCAUUCUAAAUGACUGCUAUAAUCUGUUUUAAUCAUAAUUAUUAUAACCAAGAAUAAAAUAAUAUUCAUGAAAUCACGAAUCGUUUGCUCUCUCUCUCUCUCUCUCUCUCGUUCACUUUGCUUGCGCGGUCGGGAGCUCUCAGUAGCGCUGUGGUAAUCGGUUGUGUGGCGCACAACCUUGUGCAUUGGCAUUGGGCAAAUUCACAUAUCUCUGGUUUUAAAUUGUGAUGUGAAAACAAUUGACUGCAAAUGCACCAGCCAACCGACAAACAUCAUCUAAUAUCAUAGGUAUGGAUGGACCCGGUAAACAUCGACAGCUUGGGAUUAUCAUUAAAAAAAUGCACUUGCACUUGGCUUGCUCUCCAUGCACACCGCACAAUGCACUGAUAUCAUUUGAAUGCUUGCGAUUCACUCGCCGUGAUUAAAACCGAAUAGAUGGAGCAAAAAAAACAACAAGCGAGCAAGCACAAGCACACACAAAAGAAGCAAUGCGAUCGCAAUAGCAACAACAGCAACGACACACAGAAAACGAUAACAACAGCAAUCGAAUUGGAAGAGAAGCAGUACGAUGGAAAGCGCGCGCACACACUUAAUGUAAGGUCGCUAACACACUUGCGACAUCACAAUCCAAACAGUUUGCGGUUUUUUUCUUGCUUUCUCGGCUCUUCUGUUUCUGUUUCGUUUGUUCUGUCGAUGACGAUGAGGCAGAAGAAGAAGAAGAAGAAGAAGAAGCGGAGCGUAUGUGAAAGAGCAUGCGAACCGCGCUCACUCGCUGGUCUCGGAGGUCUCUCUUGCCGACUGAGUGAGUGAGUGAGUGCUACCGGUAUGCAGAAAGAGCCAGCUCACGUAUCCGGCAAACUCGAAAGCAACACCACCAACAAUUCAACCAUCCAUCCAUUCAACAAUACCAGACCCUCGUGUGCAAUUGAUCGAUCGGCCUAUAACGAAUUGAUCGACAGUGAAUAAGAACAUUACCGAAAAUUUCGUGAAUUUUUCGUUUAUUUUUCCCGAUUUCCUGGAACUUCAAAGCGGACAUUUAUUUUUGGUCACAGCCCCGUGAAGAACAACAAAACAAGAAAAGAAAUUGUGUAAAGUGUUCAGUUUCAGUUGAGUUAAAAAGGAUUGUGAUAACAAAGUGAACAGAGAUUGAUUUGUCUUAUCACAGUUGGGAGAGAAAACCGAUUUUUCAUUUCGUGAAGAUUGUUUGAAAUCAGCAAGAGCAAAACAAAAAUGUUCGACAUGAGCCGGAUAAUCGUGAUGCUGUGCACCGUUUCAGCAAUCAUGUGUGCAUCGUUGCCAUCGGAGAGUCUGACUGCAUCGAUAGACGAAGUUCAGAAGAAGUUUUCAACCGUAACAGCUGACAAGCGAAUCAUCAAUAGCAGCGGUCGAAAGCCUGACAUAAGUGAAAAUCACAUUAGCGAAUCAAAAGAUGAUGAUAAACCGAUGAAAGCGACAACAACAACUAAAAUGGCGAAUGAUUUCGAAUCGAAGGCAAGGGAAAAGAAUCGAAACGAUAAAAUGUUAGAUUACUAUCGAUACUUUGCACCUACACCGUACUCAAUGCCAUACGUACCAUAUUACAAUCCGUACUAUCAACAGCCGUACAUGUCGGCAUUUUAUUCACCUUACUAUUCGGGCUCGAUGCUAGAUCCGUCCAUGCAAAAUGGCGAGGAGUAUGAUGAAGAAUAUGCCGAUUCAACAAAUGAUGUGGAUGGUAUGGAUGGUGUGGAUAGUGAUGAUGGAUCAAGAGCAAACAAGCGUCGACCAGGUACAUCGAAAAAUUCGCCCAUUUUUUAUAUUCGAUUGCCACCAACUCCAUAUAUGUUUGUACCAGGGAUGGGUUAUAUUUCUCAACCACCAACCAUCCAACCGCUUACACCUCAAUACCCAAUCAAUCCUUUCAUUAAUUUGCCCAUCACUUAUCUUAGCAAUGCUAAGCCAACUGGAGUAUUCCCAUGGAAUCAACAACCGACGACCAACUUUGGCUCACCACAAUUUCCAUCGUACUUGCCACAACGGCCACAGAAACCAUAUCGACCAAAACCACAAGUCGGUGCGACACCUGGUCCGGACUCGAAAAUCACACACUUAGGCUCUUAUCUGUUCAAUGGUCGCCCGGAAAAUAUCUAUCUUAUGCCACCAUAUCAUAAUCCAUACGCAUCACCAUAUCACUAUCAACCAAAUCCAUACCCAGGCGCACCGAUUCCACCAACACCAUACAAUCCCUACACGCCUCUCUAUGCACCACCAGCUUUGCCUCAAUACUAUUGAACAAACAGGUUAUUUUUGGCUGGUCAUUUGAAACACAUAUCCGAUCAUCUCUUCAUUGAAACUAGUGCAUUUUUUUCAGGAUGCUCUCCGAAACGAGAUAUAUUUAUUUACAUACUUAGCAUUUACCAGAUGCAAAUUAGACUUGACGUUUCUUUUGUAUUUAAACUUAGUGUAACUUGUGAUUGCAACUACUUACUUGAGCAAUUAUCGAGCCGCAAUUUUAGUAGACAAACAGAAAGAAAUACACACAUUCAUUAGAAGUUUAAGAGCUUACCGAAUUUUAUUAGAACAAACAAACAAGAUGAGAUUGUUGCGGAAUUGGAAUAACACAGAGAAUAAUAUCGUAACACAUUUGUUAGUCAUCGAAAGUUGUGGGAUGAAUAAUAAGAAGAAAUUUAACUAUGAAGAAUAUGCUAUAAUAUUUAUGCGAUUAAAUGUAGAUAGCUAUUGGAUUCCCCACUUAGACUCAUGUAAUAAUAAGCUAGUUUUUCUUUCUUUCAUUCAUUCAUUCAUUCUUUCUUUCUUACGUAAUUAGGAUCCAUAAAAGCAUUGACAUUACAUAUUUAUCUCUCAUUACGUACAUUUAAAUUAUUCUAAGAAUAACGUCAACGCUUUUACUAUGAAUAAAUACGUUAUUUCUGUUUCUAUGAUGGAAGAAAAAGCACA